AGACUAGAGUUAUAGUGAUUACCCGAAAUUUUCAAAUUUGUACAAGAUGUAUAAAACAUAUAAAAGCAAUAUGAAUGAUGAACCAACAGCUUUGGUGUUUUUCGUCAACGGGAAAAGGGUUUCAAUUGAAAAUCCGGAUCCCAAAGUGACGCUGAUACAAUACCUUAGACGAAAUCUAUAUUUGACUGGGACGAAGGAGGCGUGCAGUCAAGGAGCAUGUGGGGCGUGCACAGUCAUGUUGUCCUAUUACAACCAUCACCAGAAGAAAAUUAUUCAUUACUCUGGGAACGCCUGUUUGACCUUGCUUUGCUCCCUACAUGGAAUGUCUGUCACUACAGUGGAGGGGGUCGGCAGCACCAGGAAUGGUCUUCAUCCGAUCCAGAGAAAUAUGAUGGAGAACCAUGGUAUACAGUGUGGUUUUUGUACCCCCGGUAUGGUGAUGACUAUGUAUACACUAUUCAGGAACAACCCCGAGCCUAGCCAGGCGAACAUGGAGAGAGCACUAGAAGGCAAUCUCUGUCGUUGCACUGGAUAUCGCCCAAUUUUGGAGGCAUUCAAGAAGAGUUGUCCUUGUGGUCUUGGUCUUUGCCAACAGAGUGCGGAGGAAAAGAAAGAAAUUGAAGAUAAAAAGACAGAUGAGAAACCUACCCCUGACAAGUAUGAUACGACACAAGACGUUAUAUUUCCAAGCGAGUUACAAAAAUCUUUAGAAUUCAGUCAGAAGGAUGCAAUGUUCGUUGGUGGUGGCUAUAAGUGGCUAAGACCUGUAUCAUUAAACAAACUGUUGGAUCUGAGGACAAAAUUUCCAAAUUCCACAAUUAUUAUGGGAUCACAAACAGCAAUAGGGUCGAAAAUUCGAAAUAAUACUUUACCAUCACCGGAAAUUAUCUGCUGUACUCAGGUCUUGGAACUGAGGAGAAUUGUAGAGGAAAAGAAUGGAAUAACUGUGGGGUCAGCUGUUACAUUCGCACAAAUGGAAGAAUAUCUGAGAGGAAAUCUAAAGGAAACGAAAGACAGAGAAUGUAACGUUGCUUCAGCAUUGUUAGAGGGACUCCGAUGGAUAGGAGCGGAUCAGCUGAGAAAUGUGGCGACCAUUGGAGGUCACUUGAUGAGUGUUGGACAACACGAUCUUCAGACAUUCAUGCUGACUGUUGGCGCAGAACUUAACUUCAUUUCUCCCAAAAUCAAAUCAAAGAGAGUUGCUUAUGAGAAGUUUAUGACUAAUGGAGUUCACGCACCUGAUCCAAGCGAUAUUCUGAUCUCUGUGUAUAUUCCACUAAACAAACAAAACGAGUACAUGAUGUUCACUAAACAACCAUCUCGCCGAGGCAUGGACUGGGCUGUAGUAAAUUCUGGAAUGUAUUUGAGAGUGAAUGACAAGAAAGAUAUCGAAGCUCUGAGAUUCUGUGUGGGAAAUAUUGAGAAUAAACCGUGUAUUAUAGAACAAGUAUCAAACAUUGCAAAAGGGAGAUCAUUGGAUGAGAAGUUGAUACCAGAUGCCUGUGAUGUGAUUAUUGAUCAGCUGAAAGGAUGCAAAGCAGAUUCUUUAAAAUACAAAAUUUCUUUGGCCUGUGGUUUCUUCUAUAAAUUGUACAAACAGAUUUCGGAAACAAUUAAGCCAACGAAUGGAAAAACUGACUUUGGUCUGACACCAUCCCUUUCCUCUGGUGCACAAUACUAUGAUGUACCCAAUCCAGAGGCAAAAGAAAUUGUCUGGAAGCCCAUACCCCAUGCAGCUGGAAAAAGUCUGGCUUCUGGGGAAGCAAUUUUCAUAGACGAUAUACCGCAGUACGCAAAUGAGUUAUCUAUGUGGUUUGUAACCAGCACCAAAGCCCACGCCAAAAUCGUCUCCAUCGAUACUUCGGCAGCUUUGGCUAUGCCUGGAGUAGUUGAUUAUGUUGACAGCAGGGAUAUUCCAGGAAGCAAAACAUUUGGACCUUUGGUUCAUGACAUCCCUUUAUUUGCUGAUAAAGAGGUUUCUUACCACGGACAACCUAUAGGUGGAGUAAUAGCAGAGACAAGAGAAAUCGCAAGAGCGGCAGCAAAAUUAGUGAAAGUGGAAUAUGAGAAUCUGCCAACUGUAUUUACAAUCGAUGAGGCCAUAGAGAAAAAGAGCAUGAUAGAAUAUGUGGCCAAUCAUACGAACGGUGAUGUAGAAAAAGGCUUGAAAGAAGCUGAAAUGACUUUGGAAGGUGUUAUUGAAACUGGGGCACAAGAGCAUAUGUAUUUGGAACCCAUAGCAGCACUAGUGGUGCCGAAAAUUGAAGACAAAGAAAUUGAGGUCUUCAUAAACACGCAAGAGGCCAAUGGUGUUCAGGCAGAUGUGGGUCAGUUUUUGGGUAUACCGUACAACAGAGUUAACGUGCGAGUGAAAAGAAUUGGUGGGUCAUUCGGUGGUAAGGCUUUGGAUACUAUCACUGCUAGCGGAGUGGCUGCUGUGGCGGCAUGGAAAGUGAAUCGACCAGUUCGUCUGAUCUACACUCGGACCCAUGACGUCAAGACUACCUGUAAAAGGCAUCCAACCAAGACUUUCUACAAGGCUGGUUUUAGCAAGGAUGGUAGAGUGACUGCUCUCUCCGUUGACCUGUAUGUUAAUGCAGGUUGGAACAAUGGAAUCAGUAUGUUUGUAUUGGAACUUGGCAUGGUAGCAAUGGAGUCUACUUUUGACAUCCCUAACUACAAGGGAACUGGAAGAGUUUGCCUGACCAAUUUACCAUCUAAUGGGGCCUUCCGAGGAUUUGGGGCGCCUCAAGGAACCUUCAUCAUACAGAGCAUUAUGUAUGAUAUUGCUAAACAAAUUGGAGUACCAAACGACAAGCUUAGAGAAAUGAACACAUACAAAGAGGGAGACAAGAACAUCCAUGGAAUGGUUCUCAAAGACUUCAAUCUGCCCGUUUGCUGGGAGGACUGUAAAAAGCAAAUCAAAUUUGAUGAAAUCUCAAAAGAAAUUGAUGAAUUUAAUAGUAAAAACAAGUACAGGAAAAGGGGCAUCGCCAUGUCAUCCGCUGUCAUGAGCAUCGGAUACCCAAUGGUAUUCAUGUGUCAGGCAGGGGCUUUGGUUAAUAUUUACACUGACGGAUCUGUAUUGGUUUCACAUGGAGGAAUAGAGCUCGGACAGGGACUGUUCACCAAGAUGAUCCAGGUGGCUGCCACUGUCCUAGAAAUCCCAGUAGAAAAGGUUUACAUAAGCGAGACUAACACUGUGACUGUCCCCAACGCUACAGAAACGGGAGGGAGUUUUGUGACGGACCUCAACGGAGGAGCUGUCAUGAAUGCAUGCCAGAUCUUAAAGGACAGACUGCAGCCAUUGAGAGACACCAUGCCAGAAGCAUCAUGGGAACAACUGAUACAAGCUGCAUAUUUCAGCAGAAUAAGCCUCUCUGCUUCUGGUUUCUAUAAAUCUCGUGGGGAAGGAUAUGACUUUCAAAAACAAGGAGAAGGGCAAUAUUGCCUUUAUAAUUCCUAUGGGGCUGCAUGCACAGUGGUAGAGAUAGACUGUUUAACAGGAGAACAUCAGAUACUACGCGCUGACAUAGUAUUUGAUGUUGGCAAGAGUCUUAAUCCUGCUAUUGACGUCGGACAAAUUGAGGGAGGAUAUGUACAGGGCACUGGGUUGAUGACACUAGAAAAAGUGAUGUUCGAUAAAGAUUCGGGAGAAGUGACGUCAUAUGGCCCCGGUAAUUAUAAGGUACCAGGCAUCAGAAACAUCCCAAAGGAGUUCAACGUCACACUACUGAAAGAAGCCAGGGGUGACAACAGACCACUGUAUUCGUCGAAGGGUAUCGGUGAACCUCCCCUGUUGUUAGCUGCUGGCGUGCACCUGGCCCUCAGGGAAGCUGUGAGUGCCGCACGUAAAGACCAGGGUCUUACAAACAACUAUAGACUAGAGUGCCCGGCCACACCCGAGAAAAUCCGAAUGGGUUGUGCUGGACCUAUGGUGAAAAAGGUACGGUGA